AUGCAAGCAUCCCAGCAUGUGAAUCAGACGUUUGGAAUCCUUGCCGGAAUCGCCGACACAAUCUUUAGAGAAUCUGAGCAUCUGAUUCAUUUUUCCGAAGUUAAGGCCGGCGAUGUCUUUAGAAAGUUUCACGGAGAGGUGGCGUUACAAAAAGUCGCAAUGGAAAUGAUGCAUUCAAUGGCCUUUCCGAAACCAUUCCUUCCGAAUCAAACCGUCCGUUUAUGUGAAGAAAGACUGGUUGCCAUGAUCCACUGCAAGUUCACCUUGAGAAAAAAUCUGCUUCGAUCAGAAAAUACAAGCUGUGGUCCCGACCAAGACUAUGAUAGACGGCUGAAGCUAGCAUCCAUGGAGUCAUUCUACUUUGCCAGCGCUGGAAAAUUAGUUUGA